CGUUUCCGGUGCGAUAUUACCAAGGCAGAGACGGGCGGUGGUUGGUUUCUAGGCUGCUGGCCGCUGACUGACUGACUGAGCCGGCAAGAUGAAGCGCGGCGCCGAGAAGCUGAUCGAGCAGCCCCGCGCCAACGGCUGCAGCCUCACCGGGCACCACGGCUGCGGCCUGAAGAACGGCUACGUGCGAGGCUUCCCAGGAGCGGAGCCCCAUGGCCAGCUCCCGCAUAUCGCUCACAAUGGAGGCUUGUAUAAAAGACCUUUCAAUGAAGCUUUUGAGGAAACGCCAAUGCUGGUUGCUGUACUGACUUACGUAGGCUAUGGUGUCCUCACCCUUUUUGGGUAUCUUCGAGACUUUCUGAGGCAUUGGAAAAUUGAGCGCUGUCAUAAUGCAACAGAAAGAGAAGAACAAAAGGAUUUUGUCCCUUUGUACCAGGAUUUUGAAAACUUCUAUACAAGGAACCUCUACAUGCGCAUUAGGGAUAGCUGGAGCAGACCACUCUGCAGUGUACCGGGAGCCAAAGUAGACAUAUUAGAGCGGGUUACCCAUGACUACAAUUGGACAUUCAAGUACACAGGAAAAGUGAUAAAAGGCGUAAUUAACAUGGGGUCCUACAACUACCUUGGGUUUGCAGAGAACACCGGAGUUCGCAAGGAUGCCGUAGCUGAAGUUCUUUCGCAGUAUGGAAGUGGAGUGUGCAGCACUAGACAAGAGAUGGGAAACCUGGACAAACACGAGGAGCUAGAAACAUUAUUGGCCAGAUACCUUGGUGUGGAAUCCGCUUUGUCAUAUGGGAUGGGAUUUGCAACCAACUCAAUGAAUAUUCCUGCUUUGGUUGGGAAGGGCUGUCUAAUACUGAGUGAUGAGUUGAACCAUGCAUCUCUAAUAUUAGGAGCAAGACUUUCAGGAGCAACAAUUAGAAUCUUCAAACAUAAUAAUAUGCAGAGCUUGGAGAAACUGCUCAAAGAUGCCAUUGUGCAUGGGCAGCCACGCACACGCCGACCAUGGAAAAAAAUUCUCAUCAUUGUCGAAGGCAUUUUCAGCAUGGAGGGAUCCAUAGUCCGGCUUCCUGAAAUAAUUGCCCUUAAGAAAAAGUACAAAUCAUACUUGUACUUGGAUGAAGCUCAUAGUAUAGGAGCAUUGGGUCUCAAUGGCCGGGGUGUAGUGGACUAUUUUGGGCUUGAUCCUGAGGAUGUGGAUAUCAUGAUGGGAACAUUCACCAAGGCUUUUGGUGCUGCUGGAGGAUACAUUGCAGGCAAGAAAGAGCUGAUCGAUUACCUUCGUGUCCAUUCACACAGUGCAGUAUAUGCCACUUCGCUUUCCUCCCCUGUUAUUGAGCAAAUCAUCGCAUCAGUGAAGUGCAUUAUGGGUGAAGAUGGCACAACACUUGGAAAGCAGCGUAUACAACAGUUGGCUGACAACAUCAGGUAUUUCCGAAGACGGCUUAAGGAAAUGGGCUUCAUCAUCUAUGGAAAUGAAGACUCGCCUGUUGUACCUUUGAUGUUGUAUAUGCCAGCAAAAAUUGGUGCAUUUGGACGAGAGAUGUUGAAAAGGCACAUAGCCGUUGUGGUCGUGGGUUUUCCUGCCACUCCGAUCAUUGAGUCCAGAGCCAGAUUUUGUCUGUCUGCAGUGCUUACCAAAGAGAUACUUGAUAUUGCUUUAAAGGAAAUAAAUGAAGUUGGAGACCUCUUGCAGUUGAAAUACUCCCGGCAUCGACUGGUACCUCUCCUUGACCGUCCUUUUGACGAGACAACAUACGAAGAGACUGAAGACUGAGUUCUCUCCCUGUCUUUUGAUAGACAAGGCACACUCCUCAGAACUCUGUGUGGCUCAAAGACCAAGGUUCUUGAACCAAACACUGACGGACUGCUUAGCAUAAACAGAAUGACUUUUUACUCACAAAACUGAAGUGGCAACAACAGCUAGAACUGGUGUGUUGUGAAAAGCAAAACAAAACCUGGCUUUUCUUCCUAUUGCUUUAAGGUCUUGCUCUAGGGAGGAGUUUGGCUUACAUUUUUAAAAUGCUGAUUCCCUAUUUGUUUGUCACGAUGAGAUCGCGGCAGCCACUGUUGGCAGUGAGUGUGUUCCCCAUCGCGCUGCAAGGUGAGCAUUGCUAAGGAUGCUGCAAUGCUUCUGUCACGACAUUUCCUUUUUCAUGACUACAGUCUAACCUCCUUGAGAGUGCAAGACCAGCCAGUUUAUUCAGCUAAGGCUUCUGAUGAAAUCAUUGACAGCUAGCUAAUUUGAAUAUAUUUAACAUGAAAUAAUCAACCAAAGUCUUUUCCUUGUCCCUUUACAUGUUGCUUUUUUGGGGUCUUUAUUAUUACAAUGGUGGUUGACUUGCCUCUUAAGGAUUGUUAGUCAGUUCUUUAAGGGACAAAGCAGGAAUCCUCCGAGGGCCUUUGUUCAUCUUGAUUUUUCAGACUGGGUUCCAAGUGUUCCUUCAUUAGAGUAAGUAGCAAAUAACAUUUCAGACCAGGAUAGAACUUUGUGGCCAUUUCCCUUUCCCUGUAUAGAAUUCCUUCAGUUCCAAGGUGUCCCCACAAUUCCAGUUUCCAGGAUGAGUUCUAGUGUUGCUUGUUGAAUUAAUGAGUGUCUGCCUUUAGCUCUGGGCCAUGUGUGUAUGUGUGUGUGUGUGUGUGUGGUCAGAUGAAGAACCAGACUGGGAGGGAGUAGCAUUCCAAACCACCUUCCUUUUCCUCCUUUCACAUAUUCCUGCUCUACUUUUUGGCAGAGCUAAUGAUGCAGCUCUUCAAAA